UAUAUGUAUGAAGUAUGAAUGACCACUUCCGGGACACUUCUGUUAACAGAACCAUGAAGACACAAGCUUAGCAUUAUAACAUCUAAAAACAGAAUAAUCCACCCCCUGGUUUGAGCGCUGAGUCCUCUAUGUCCCGCUUUUCAACCAGAACAUUUGAACCCUGUCAAACCGGUCAUGUUAUUCCUCCGGUUAGCUGCUCGGAGCUGCAGAACUUUGACCGCUCUUCGCUGUCUCCCAGACGGCUACAUCACCUGCAGAACCACUGCUUCAUACAUACAGGGCCAGAGCCCCGAACCACGGAUCAGGGAGUAUUUCUACUACAUCGACCAUCACGGACAGCUUUUUCUCGAUGACACCAAAGUGAAGAACUUUGUCACCUGCUUUAAAGAUAAACAGUUCCUGGUUUUCUUCUUCAGUCGCCUGCGGAUAAAUCAGAGCGGGCGUUACCAGGAGGAUUUUCCCUUCCUGUCUCUGUGUGGUAGAGAAAGAAACUACCUGCGCUGCGAUGACAGACCGGUGGUUUUCACCCACCUGCUGCAGAACCCAGCAGGAGAUCAGGAGCUGCUGUCGUAUUGUGGCGGCGCAGAGAAGCUGUCCGUUCCUUUCAAACCGGAGGCACUGUACAUGCAUCCAGUCAGUGGUCGGGUUUAUCAUCCCAGCUCAGAACUCUCGGGCAGGGUCGGACUGGUCAGGUCGGCCCUGGCCAUAGAACUCAGUUCCAACUUUGUUUAUCCACCAGAGAGUGGCCAGUCAGGACAGCCCACACACUUUCUGUGGGAAGGACAGAAACACAGACUGACCAAUGAACUGGCAGGAUGCUUCCCAGCAGUAGAGGAGGGUGGUGGGCAGCAGGGAGAACUGGGAUAAUCUUCAAAAUUGUGCAAAGGUGUAUUUCAGUUCAUAAAAUCUGAAAUAUCAGUUCUCUGGUAAGCUAACACCGCCACUGUAAUUCAGCCCUGUGUAUUCUUGCUGUGUGACUUUAUGUUAGAGAAACGUAUAAUCUGAUGACGUCUCGCGGUUUUGGUUUUAAUCCAGAUUACAGGUUCAUUUUAUCUAGAAUGACAACAAACCUCAAGUAGAAAUUUGAAAAACGAGGAUGGUGAUUUGUCCACUGCCAUCUUGUCUUUUUAUGUCCUCAGAUAUGCUAUAAUGUAACAAAAUUACUGCUUAACAUAACAUUUGAUCUGACAAAUCUGUGAGGACUAAAGAGUGUAAUAGAACAAGUAAUAUAUUAAUCAUCUUUCAGUUUAAUGUAUCUGUAUUAAAUGUGGCUGUGCUGGUGAAAGAAUGGGACACUAGGAAUCACAUGCAUUCAUUUGGAAAAUGCUUUAUUCAUCUUUGUAAAAAAAAAUCUGCUCUGUCUACGACUUGCAUUGGAGAGAAACUAAAAUAAAAAAAACCUUGAGGAAGAGGAAUUUUGAA